AUGGCCUCCGAAGUUUCUCGAGCUUUUGGCACAAAGAUCAACCCGAAUGAGCGGAGAGCUUUUGCGCCGUUGAACGUGCAGAACCAGAACUUGAAGCCAAACAACAGGCUUGCCGAGAACAACAACAACAAACCGCAGCUGCAAAGCCAGAACGCGGGACCAGUCCCUGGUUUUAUCUCAGGCCAGGAAAAUCAGUUUGCUGCUUACGGCAGUGAUGCCUUCAGCAAAAAGAGCGCCUCGACUUUUCAGAUUUUCCGAGACGAGGGCAUCAGUUCACAGGAACGGAGCUUCUCAAUCAAACUAGAAGAUGAGGAGAGAAAGCUCGAUGUCAACAUGCAAGCCGUGGAGAAGGAGCUAAGCGGAAUUGUUAUUGAGAAAAGUGCUAGCUCUGAGAUAUUUGACUCGGAGAACAAGGAGAACAUCUCGACUACGAGCCAAGUCGAUGAUUCUAUGGACGUGGAGGAAUCGGCGAAGGAGAACUCUGCCUUUGAAGAUGACUCUGUGCUUGACCAUUCCGAGAUCAGCUACGCUCAGCAGUACACCGAGUACGAGCGCUUUGCUGACUACGCCGACAGUAUUUUGCCGUACAUGCUCUCCAAGGAGCGCAAGCACAUGGCCGAUCCUUUCUACAUGAAUGGUCAGCUGAACAUCAACGCCAAGAUGCGAUGCAUUCUUGUCGAUUGGCUUGUCGAUGUCGCCGACGAGUACAACAUCAAGGACGAGACGCUCUUCCUCACUGUCAACUACAUUGAUAGAUUCCUCUCAAAAGUUUCCAUUAGCCGUCAGGAGUUUCAGCUUCUGGGUACUGCGGCGCUGUUUAUUGCCACCAAGUACGAGGAGAUUUAUCCUCCUGAAAUUAGCGAAUUCGUGUACAUUACCGACGACUCGUUUAACAAGCUGCAAAUUCUGCAAAUGGAAAAAGUCAUUCUCAGAACUCUCGAAUUUGACGUCUCAACGCCUACUCCAAACUACUUUCUCGAAAAAUUUAGCUGCGACCUUGAACUUGACAAAGAAGUUUUUUGCUUUGCAAAAUACUUGUGUUUCUUGACUAUGCUUGAAUGCACCCCUUUUUUGAAAUACUUCCCUAGUGAGAUUGCCUUGUGCUCAAUUGUGCAGGCGGCCAACUUUCUUGGCGUCCAGCUCAAUGAGCAGUUCCUCAACAAGACCUUGGACUACGAGCGAAGCCUCGACAAGAAGGGCAAUGUCGUCCAGCUGGUGAAUGACCGCAAAGAGCUGCUUGACGAGCUCAACAAACUGCAAGCGUCUGCUGUUGAACACCAGCAACAGGCAAUUCAACGUAAAUUCUCUACCUCCAAAUACUACAAAGUAGCCAAAUUUAUCAACUCCAACUAG